AUGCGUCGGACCUUUCUUUCCUUUAACAAGGAUGGAAGAGCUGAAGAACGACUGAACGGCUUUUUUUCCAUGGUUGAGGAGCCGAGAGCGGAGUUUAUGACCAGACGCCAAGGAUUGCAUACGCGAGAGGAGGCGAUAUUUCUUGUCGAUGAAGAUUUGCUUCUCAACCAUCUCUUGGCUGCCACUCCCUUGAAGUAUGAUGCAAAAACAGUUGCAUUUCAGGACACUCUUGAUGAGAGAGUGGAGGUGGGCGAUAAGGUUCGACUUUCACUCGAAUUGCUGCGGGACGAUUUUGGUGAGCGACAACAGAAAGAACCCAAAUACGUUGACUGGGAUUCAAAAUUACCUGCUUUUCGUGGUGAAUAA